AUUUAUGUUAUUUGUAACAAUGUCAAAUUAUUUUUAUCUCUUGCAGAUUUUCAGUGGAAAACCCCACACGACCUUGGGGCUGAGACCUACAUGAUGCCAAUGGGCCCAGCACCUGGUUACAAUUCAUACUGGAAUGGCAUGCAACCUUGUAUGGAAGGAUUUAUGGGACCAUAUGGUGGCCCGAUGCAAAUGAUGGGUUAUGGCCUGGGCCCCUUGGACAUGCCAUUUGCAGGUGGUCUGCUUCAUGAUCCAUUUGGCAUGCAGGGUUACAUGAUGCCUGUUGUUCCACCUCAUAGGGAUCUUGCUGCUGAGUAUGGCAUAGGGAUGAAUGUUCCACCUCCAGUUAUGAGUAGAGAGGAGUUUGAAGCUCGGAAAGCUGAUCGUUGUAGAAAGCGUGAAAAUGAGAAACUGAUUGAUAGGGAUUUCUCCAAAGAUCGAGAUUUUGGUAGGGAAGCGAGCAGUAUUGGGGAUGUUCCUAUGAAAUCAAAAACUGGUCUAGAAGUUGUAACAAGGGUAACAAGGAUGAGUGUGUCACCUUGUGCGCCAAACAAAAACAAACACAAACUGCUCAAGAGAAAAGCUGACUACCAUGUGGAUUGUAAUCGGGAAUGUGAACGUGACCAUGAUCAUAAUCGCGACCAGAGAGACCACCGUGAUCGAGAAAGAGGCCAUCACCACCGUCGCCACCACUGGUCAGAAUCCUCUUCCCGGAUGUCAUCUGAACCACUAAAACCUCCUCAACUGCACCAUCAUCUGCAGCUGCAGACCGCAAACAGAAGGCCAGUGUUUUCUGCCGCAUAA